UCGAAGCGAGUGGCUCGCAUCAUUGUUCGUUGACCAGGAUUGGGAAUUUCUGAGGGCGCCGUCCAAAACGGGCAUUUUCUGGACCGCUGUCCCACACCAAUCGUGUCUGGAGGUAAACGUGUUAAAAGACGACGGGCUACGGCGCUCUUAUUCAACAACCUCAUUUUAUCCGCCAUAUUUUCCACCAUCAAUCUCUUCCACUCAACUUUUCCGAACAUCUUUUCUAUAUCAAUUCCAAGUAUGGCCAGAAAGAGAAAAGUCGUCUACAAUGGUGAUGGAACUCUGAAGGAUCCUACUAUUUGCGACGAAUGUGGGACCAAGGUUGCUCGCAGUGGUGAUAUGCGCAGACAUAUGCGCAAACAUCUUAGUGCGGCGGAAAAAUUAUCCAAUCCGUAUAGGUCCUACGCUUGCCCGUUUGAUGGAUGCGAUUUCAAAAACCUGCAAAAGAGUAACGUCGACACACAUAUCCGAACGCACACCAAAGAAAAGAAGAAAUGUCCCUCCUGCAACUUCGAGACCCCUGACCCCGGUACCCUCACCCGGCACAGAAAAAGACGCCACGAAUACGUUCCCGAACCAAGGAAGUCAAGGAAUCCAGGAAACACAUCUUCGUCUGAUCGCACGCAACCGCAGAUUAUAAUUGAAACGCCUUCCACUUAUUCUCGCUCUACCUCUACGUUGACCGAUAUUCCUACCUCUCCAUCUACCUCCGGGGAGUACGCGUCCGUCACCACCUCACCCUUUUCUCCUGUACAACCAUUGCCACACUCUAGUGCAUGGUGUGAAUCAGAUAAUCCGCAGUCGCUUUCAUCCUUUGCUGGUGGACAGACAGACUUGAACCCUUCUAGUGCGGGAUAUAAUCAGUGGGAUGCUAUGAAUGCUACGUAUUCGACUCUUCCUACGACGCCCACUCCUACGACGCCCACUCUAUCCCUUCCUCUGCCUGCAAUCCCCCGUCCCCGUAUAGAAGACGAGUCUCCUCAGCCAUCUUUCCUUCGUCGCAGGCCUCUUGGCAUUCAAGAUAUCUUGACUGAAGAAGGCCGAGUGUACUGGGGACGUUGCUCGUGAUUAUCAGUUUUGGCCGUGCGUCCGAAAUUUUUGAACAGACCAUUCUUCUCUUUCAGUAAUGCAAUCUCACCCUGUGAUUCUUAUUACUUUCAAGGGCUUGCCUCUCCUAUCGUUUUGGGCCGUUUUCUCCUCAUCUUUCUCACCUCGGAUUAGUCUACGUAUGUAGUGCACGACGUAGUUUUCUUUCCUUUCAUCCUUACCGUCAAUUUAUCAUAAUACUGUGUCACCUGGGAUCAUGGUGUCUGAGCUGUAGUAACUUACUCUUCGUUCUUUGUUAUGGAUAUUCCCCCACAGCGGCCAAUGCCGACUUCGAUAAACUUUCUAGUGUGAUCCCGGGCCAGCCCCGGCCCGCUUUAUGAACCUUAUUCGAAUUCAAAUCUAGCUUU